AUAAUUUUGACUAUAAUUAUAUUUAUUAGUAAACAUUACUCGUAUAAAAAGUUAAUAUUUUGGAAAUUUACAUUAGUAGAAAUUUAAUGAUAUUUUAACAUAAUAAUUUGCCUAUAUAUAUUAGUAAAAAUCAUAAUCAAAUUACGGGUAUGCGAGUAGUACAAAAAUGAAAAUGUUGGAAGUAUUAAUAAAAGAACGUUUUAAGGGGUGUCCCCAACCUAGAUUUUAAAAGAUUUGAAGGGAAUUUAGAAUUCCACAAGAAUCUGAGUACCAUCAACUUGGAUUUUCAAAACUUUUUUAGAAUUUGAGUGUCCUCGAUUAUUUCAUGGAUUUGUUUCUCUUGGAUUUCAGAUGAUUUUAACGGAAUUGAUAUGAAAAAUAACACUAAUCCAAUUCCACAUUUCCACCCUCAGGUUUGAAAUCCACCCUGCCCGUAUGUAUGUCUAUUCUGAAUUCUUCAUCGCCAAUCCUCCUCCAGAUCGACAAAUCUCUUCUCCCAUGUUCAAUAUUUUUGGCGUCUAUAAUACCGCUGACCUUCUUCAAACCUCCCUCUUCAAAGGGAAAGAGUAAAGCCGUAGCAAUCGAACCACCGCCACCUACUGCGUUGUUCCUCCUUAGCGUAUCUUCUCUAAGGAAUCCAGCGAAGCACGACCAGAUCGAAUUUAGCAACAAAAAAGCUUCACGAAGGGCGGUGAUUGUAGCACUUCUGGGGUGGGGAAGCUCAUCAGAUGCAGAGCUUUAAGAGAGGGCCGGCGGUUGUGCAUCCAUAUGCGUUUGUUCAUUGAAAUAUAAUUCAAAUUCUAUUGAAAUCCAUAGAAUCUGAAUCCUUAAAAAUAUUUCAAAAUCAAAGUUGGAGACAUCCCUUAGGUCUUGUUUGGUUCAAAGGAGGGGAGGGAAGAGGAGAGUCAAGGAGGGAAGGGAAGGGGAAUGAAGGAUUUUGAUAAAAUUUUGUGUUUUGUCGGAGGAAAUAAUACGAAAGGUUUAAUGAAAAUAUUUUCACAAUUUACUUUUAUUUGAUAGCUUACUUAAAAAAUAGAUACAUGUCUUACUAUUGUGAAU